AUGGCCGAGUGCACAGUGACGUCACGCUUAAACCACAAGCAGUAUCAAAUUACUGGCUUGGUAACACCUUGUAUUACUGUUAACCUACCUGUCGACAAACUAUACACAUCAAACUGGCAUCAUUUACAAGGCAUACAAUUGGCUGACCCUACAUUCUAUUUACCAGGAAAAAUUGACAUUCUGAUAGGAGCUGAAUUCUUUUAUGACAUUCUACAAGAUGGCAAACAUGUUGGACCAAAGGGUACUCCUAUAUUACAGAAUUCAAGGUUUGGUUGGAUCGUGGCGGGUUGCAGUAACAACAUAAUAAAAGAUGAUCUCGCACAUAUACUACAAAUGUUAUCACAUGUUGUACCACGUAUCAGCAACUAG